UCGAUUGCGACAGUAAGUGUAUUCCAGGUCCGCGUGUCCUAUAUCAUUUGUACAGGUGCGACUGGGAAAGAAAUAUUGGAAUCUCUUUUUGAACGAUGAACGUGCACGAAAUGGACACUGACGACAAAAACAGAUCAAUAGCGUCGUUUCUCGACUAUUCCUUCCAAACAUCAAACGAUUUAGACAAUGCACGACUGAAGGAAUUGCUUGCCAGAAAAAAAGAACAGCAAACACGGCUCGAUCAAGAGCUCAAGGCGACAAAAGACGAAACCCAAAAGACGCUGUCUGCUAUAUUAGCUAGUGCAAGCUCUCAGCAUUCCCAACUUGGUGAGCUGCAUUCUGAAUUGGCGAAAACAAAAGAAGAACUCCAAGCGCUGCAUACACAACUGGUUGCAGGACGUGGCGCCAGCAACAACGAACCCAGACCUAGCGCAGUUUUGCUACAACAACUUGCGUCCGUAGAGCAAAAAAUUACGCGUCUUAACAAAGCAAAAGGGUGUGUCAAAACACUUAUUGUUGCUACUGAUCUUCGGAAUCAAGCGAUGCGUUAUGUGGAACAGGAUUCCGAGAAAUCAAUCACACCAUAUCAGCAGCUUGUAAAAUUCGCACAGCUGUUUAGUUCACAGAGUACCAGCGACAAUGACAUUGCUCAGGAUUUACAUAAACGCGCGACAUUAUUGUACCAGGACUUGAAGGACGUAUUAUCAAAGAAAUUCAAGGCUUGUCUUGAUGAACUCGGCUGGCCAACACCAAUGAGACCACCAUAUGGGUUGGAUGUACGCACCAAACUCGACAACUUUGAAAAGCAAUUCAAAAACCUCGCUCUUCUUAAACGUCCUGAUGCGGAUGCAACAGAUACUCCUUUACCAGUCGCUAUCAUGCUGGAUGCUAUUUCCCUACGGUUCCGAUUCCAUUUUGAAAGCUCAAAACCAACGAAUCGACUUGACAAGCCAGAAUGGUAUUUUACACACGUAAAAACAACAAUUUCUGCACAUAUUCCUUUCAUCGUGACAACUGUACAACCUCUGGUCCAAGAAGUUCUUGGUAGCGAAUUUACAGCAAAGGACCUGUUCAUCCACGAAUUACUAAAGAACGUGUCGCGGAAACUGAAGCAUAGCAUGCCAAAGCUACGACACAGACCACGAUGGCUAAGUCACACAAUUCACGAAGCACUUGAUUUUGAUAAAACGUUACAAGAGGAUUACGCAUAUAGUGGUGACAGCAUGGCUGCCCUUAUCUUGGACGAUUCAGAAUCUUAUAAUGCAUGGUUUACUGCUGAAAAGAAAUUUGCUCAGGCACGUUACGACGAGAUUGCGAUGGACAGUAAUGCAUAUGAGCCUCUUGAAGAAGAUGAAAACGGAAAAGGAAAUAACAUCGGAUCUAAACCAACUCGCAUAGCGGUCAAGUUAAUGAAUUUGUUGAAUAGCGUUACAGAAACCUACAAAUCUGUCCCGCAGCUUGAACAGCAACUAGACUUUUUCCUGGAGAUUCAAGUCGGAUUAUUGAACCAAUUUCAAUGUCGCCUCACGUCUGCCCUGGAUUCAUUUGAAACUUUGAGCUUGAUACGAUCUGUGCCUGUUCCUGGCACACUGCCCGAUGCUGUCACGGGGGUGAUGAGCAGUGCAGAUUAUGGUGGCGCUAUAGCAGCAUUAAAGCGAUUAUGCCGUUGGUGGGCUAGUGCGCGAACCAUAUGCAAUGCAAUUGACGAAUGUGCGGUCGACGAUCAUUUUCUCGAUAUGCAGUACAGAAUACGAAACAAUAUGGGAAUGCUUGAAGCAUUGAUCGCGUCCAAAAAAGAAAAGGAUCCAAAUUUAGCGUUUCUGCGUAUUCCUGAACCUCAUGAUAAGACUUUCCUGGCGCUUGCCAAGGAUGGAUUUGAACAAAUCAACCAACGAGCGGAAGAAGUCAUGAUCCGCGUAGUUAUGAAGGAGUGGGCUGCGGACGCACGGUCAUACGCGAUAAGCUGGCAACUGGACAAGGACGAUCAUGAAGAAGAGAUAUCGCCGGAACUUUAUCAGCCACUGCAAAGUCUUCGUCUAUGCUGCAACUACCUUUUCUCCAAUCUUCCGCAGGCGGAUUUUGUAGGUAUCUAUCGCAGACUCUCCGGCGAGGUUGAAGAGUGGCAUAUGCGAAAUGUCGUGGCACCGAAUCGAUUAAAUGGCGAAGAGUUAAAACGGCUGGAAAGAGAUCUCAAAUGUGGCUUAUGGAAGCAAGGGCGAUUAUGGGUAACUAAGCCUGAAAACUACAUGAGAAAAUUAAAAACGGCUACAGAAUCUGAAACGUCGGACGAUUUGAAAUAAGAAACAUAAUGACUCUUUUAUUUACUACUUUUAUAUACUUAAGAACUACUUCGUAUGCAGAUUCCUCAGCCAACUAGUGAUUAUCACCCGCCAAAUUCAUCGAUCCCCCUCCUGCACACUGUGUAUUUACUUUUAGCUUACAGUCAUCCAUGCAAACAUCUAUUUCAUGGCAAAAAGUUGAAAUUUUACUCAAUGAAUCCAACUAUAUCGCUUCUUAUUUGACCAAUCGUAUAUCAGUAAUACUCAUAGAUAGAUUGAAUAUGGAAUGUAUCAUCACUGCUUAAGAUUAUAACAAGUUAUCCCGUCAAGUUAUUGAUGUUUCUUAUCUACAAUAGCUUUC